CUGUGGGGGCUGUAGGGCACCAGCAAACCACACGAUCCACACGAUGCACACGAUAUCACACAAAGCCGGAUAAGGAAAAUGGCCGCCAUCAGCUAUCAGUCGUGAUCAGUCGCCAGGUCGCCAUCAUUCUAUAGCGCUUAUUAGAGCCUCAUUUUUUUUUCAUAAAUAAAUUUUUCGUUUUAGUAAUAUACAUAUAUACAUAUACAUGAAAAAGAAAAAAAAAGUGUUGUUGUGUAGUAUAUAAAAAAUAUUAGAUAAAGUGUAUUAUUGUGUUAAUAAUAGUUGUAAAGGGUGUAUGUUGCCGACUGACGGCAUAAAUUCCCGCUCCAAGUCACGCUGCUACAUGAUUUUAUUAUAUUGCAAUAUUAUAUGAUAUGAUAAUGGUCUACUCCGUGUGCUUCGUGUGCUCCGUGUGCUAAGGCCGCCAAGACCGACACUCAACGACACGCGCCCAAUUUUUUUAUUUUUAUAUUUUAUAUUCUAUCUGUCCGGUUUUUAUUUUUAUUAUUUUUUUUAUAAAUUUAUUGAUGAUAAAGUUUAUAGUACUAUAAUAAUUAAAUGAUUAAAUAAACUUUUAAUUAAAAAAUUAUGGGUAAUUUAAUGAUUGCAGCUAUUGAAUUUAAGAUUGAGAUAUUGAAUAUAUUUAAAAUAUAAAUAAUAAAAUUAAGUAAGGUAGAUAAAAUAAGGCAUGCCUGCUGUGAGCGUAUGUGAUCCGGUAGCGGCAGCACUCCGACAUUCAUUGGAGGCUGGUCAAUCAAAGUCCUCCACAGAGGAUAUAACUAUUUCACUAACUACCGGAGCAUCAAGAAUUUUACAAACUGAAAUAAAAUAUGAAGAAACGGAUGAUUAUCAAUCAACAGUUUUGGAUAAACUUAAAUCCAAAUAUAUUGUAUUAAAUCUUCCAAAUAAUACAAAUUAUAAUCAAUCGGAUAACAACAAUAAUACAGGAAUUAUUUGUCGUAAAAAAAACGAACAAAAUAAAAUGAUAAGGCCUUCAUUACCAGAACCAAAAAUAACACUAUAUAAACCACAACAUGUCAACUUGGGUUGGAAUAAAUCAUUUCCAGUAGGUGCUGGAUUAAUAAAUGUUGGAAAUACAUGUUAUUUAAACAGUACUUUACAAGCAUUAUUUCACGUACCGGCACUUGUUAAUUGGUUACUCACAGACAAUCAUCAUAAUUCAAAAUGUGAACAAAAUGAAGGUGGUGGAGAAUGUCUUACCUGUGCAAUGGCAAAAACACUUCAAUUUAGCCAUGAAAAAUCUGGCAAUGCUAUUAAACCAUUCUACAUAUAUAAUAAAUUAAAGUUAAUUUGUCGGACAAUGGUACCAGGACAACAAGAAGAUGCCCAUGAAUUUUUACGUUAUUUACUUGAGGGAAUGGAACGAGCUUAUCUCCAUCGCUGUAAAGCAACUAAAUUAGAUAAUUAUUCAAAAGAAACAACGCCUAUAAAUCAAAUAUUUGGUGGUUAUAUUCGUACUGAAGUUAAGUGUCUUAAAUGCCAACAUGUUUCAACGACUUUUCAACAUUUUCAAGAUUUAUUGGUAGAUAUUCGUAAAGCAAAUUCACUAGAUGAAGCAUUAACAAGUUAUUUUAGCCGUGAAGAGUUGGAUAAUAAUGAUUAUAAAUGUGAAGCAUGUAAAAAACGUGUUCCAGCAACAAAACAAUUUAGCUUGGAGCAACCACCAAAAGUACUUUGCGUUCAAUUAAAACGUUUUAGUGUACUUGGUAAUAAAAUAUCGCGUCACAUAGGAUUUAAACAAAAUAUAAAUAUGGGGCCGUAUUUAUGGCGAGAACCCGGUGAACCUCCAAGAAAGCUUAACUAUAAAUUAAUGUCAAUUAUAACUCAUAUGGGACCAUCUGUAGGAUGUGGACAUUAUACAGCUGUUGCACAAGUAUCCUCUGGUCAAUAUUAUUCAUUUGAUGAUUCCUGUGUACGUUCGAUAAAUAUUUCAAAUGUAUUAAAUACAAAUGCUUAUAUUAUGAUUUUUGAAAUGGAAUCGCCAUCUAUUAAUAAUCAACUGCCACAAUCUAUAAAACAAAAUGGUUUAUCAAAUAUUAAAACAAUUUCAAAUGGUUGUUCAUUUAAAUCAUCAAGUCCUAAACCUUCAACUUCAGGACUAGUUGCUGCUACUACUACUAAUGGAUUUGUAAAAUCUAAUGGUUCUUGUAAUAAAAUUCGUAAUUCUGAUUCUCCUUCUUCUUCUUCUUCUUCUUCUUCUUCUUCAUCUUCAUCUUCAUCAUCACCUUCACCUUUAAUAAUUGGACCUCAACUGCCCUCAUCUAAAUUUACAAUUGAACAACAACAAAAUAAUAAUUCUCAAACUGCUCAACAACAUAAAAAUUAUAAUUUUAUUGGACCACUAUUGCCACAAAAAUUUUCAUCAGACAAGACCCAACCCAGACUUGUUAUGCAUAUUAAAAAUGGAAAAGUAUUUAAUGGAAAUAAUAAUAAUAAUAACAACAACAACAACAACAACAACAACAACAACAACAACAAUAGUUUGGUGCCGUACGAUGGCUCAAGUGACGAAGAAGAAAAUAUUACAUUAAACUCCUCCAAAAAUAAUAAUAAUUCUUCCACUAUUAAAUCUUCAACGAGUAUUUCUAAUGGUGUAUCCAAAUCUUAUAAUAAAGAUUCAACAAUAGAUAUAAAUAAUAAAUCACCAACAAUAGUUACCAAAACAGAAAUGAAAACUAUUAAAUCUAUCAAUACGAUUUCACAAAAAUCUAUACCAACACCUAGUUCUGCAUCAAAUGGAUCAUCAAGCAAUAAUAAUAAUAAUAAUAGUAAUAAUAAUAAUUCUGCUGGCCAGAAACAACAAAAUGGUAAAUUUGAAAAUAAUAACAAUAGUAAUAAUAAUAAUAAUAACAGCAACAAAUUAUCUGAAACAAAUGGCAAAGAUAAAUGGCAUCAACCUAUUCGAAUAAAAACAAGUAGCAGUUUAGAUGAUAAAAUUCAAACAAAAGCUGCAAGUAGUAUAAGUGGUUGGGAAGUUUCAAAAGAUGCUCCUUCUCCAACUUCAGCAGCUACACCGAACGGUUGGUCUGUCACUGAUAACAACAAAGAAGAAAAUAAAAAGUCAAAUCAUACAACAACUAUAAGUUCGACACCAAGCGCUGCAGCACCACGUAAUUUCAAUGGAACAAAUCGUUCUGAUACAGUAUCACAUUUGUAUAAAAUGUCACAUCGUGGAUAUGGAUCUAAUUCAGUUACAAGUUGGAAUGGUAGCAGAGCACAUAUGGAUCGUGAAGUAGAUAAUGAACGACGCGAAGAACGUAAACGUCAUUUUAAUCCUGAUGAUGAAGAAAUGGAUCGAGGAAGAAUGAAAAAAAUUAAAAGUCACCGAGACUAUGAAAGUCGCUCAAAUCCAGGAUACAAUCCUUUUCAAGAAUAUCAGAAUGGAAAAUCUUGGAAUCGAUCAAACGGUGGUGGAAAUUAUCGACGAUACUAUAAUACUUCCAGUCAUAGUCGACAGAGUCAUGGAAAUUAUAGACAUCAUAGAUACCAUAAUAAUCAUCGUGAUCACUAUCAUCGUAGGUAGAAUGCAUUAUAUUAACGAUUAAUUAUAUUAAAAUUUAAUUAAUUUGAUGUUAUUGAAUAGCCUUUGAGGCGCAAGCAAUAUUAUUGCUGAAUAUUUACAACAAAAGGACAUGCAUUGCAUUUUACAAGCAUUAGGCAUAUUUUUAGUAGUUAUGAAAAUAGAAUAUAUAAAUUUAAUUUAAGGAGAUUGUGGUAAUUUAAAUAAUUUAAAUGGAGGAAAACGAGUUCCAUAACAUACAAUUAUUAUUAUUAUUAUUCUCAACAAAAAUAAUACUGUUUUAUUAAAUACGCUCAGUUUACAUGUAAGAGUUACUAUAAUUAAAUAAAAUUUAAAACCAAAGUUU